CGACACCGACGCCGAAGUCCCGCCUCGCGGUGCGCGGCUCUCGCCGGGCCGGAGACGCGACGCUAUAAAAAUGCAGGAACUUCGGGAGAGCGCCAGGCACUCUUCAGCGGGAGUUGACUCCGCGUGGACGCACUCACACGGGACGCUCGAGUCGAGCCGAUGACUUGAUCCCCGCGCGGUCCCUGAGAGAUCUCGCCGUCGGUUCCUCCCCCCCCCCCGCACUUCCGAAGUGUAAAAAUCUCGGUCCGGGGGACCGGGUCGGGUCGGAGCGGAGCCAUGGCAGGGGACGGGUCGGACCAGCGGGCGCUGCAGUAUGAGCAAACUUUGAUGUAUGGGCGCUACACACAGGAGCUCGGGGUGUACGCAAAAGAGGAGGCCGCUCGGCUGAGGGAGAGCGGGCAGAGGCGAUCGGUCAGCGAACGAAGCCGAACCUUGGACUUGCUGGAGUACAACAAGGGGCGCUGUGCCAAGUGUCGCAGGUUAGGGUACCCGUAUGUUCUGGAAGCCCCAGCCCAGGACUUUAUCUCUGUCUGCACCGUUCGCUGUCAGAAGUUCCUGAUCUCGCGGGUCGGGGAGGACUGGAUCUUCCUCAUCCUGCUGGGACUCUUCAUGGCCCUGGUCAGCUGGGUGGUGGACUUCUGCAUCGCCAUCUGCCUACAAGCACAGAAAUGGAUGUACGGUGGUCUGGACAGCAACGUGUUCCUGCAGUAUCUGGCCUGGGUCACGUACCCCGUCGUUCUCAUCACCUUCUCUGCCGGCUUCACUCAGAUCCUCGCCCCCCAGGCUGUUGGUUCGGGCAUUCCAGAGAUGAAGACCAUCCUGAGAGGAGUGGUGCUGAAGGAAUACCUCACCUUCAAAACCUUUGUGGCCAAAGUCAUCGGCCUCACCUGCGCUCUGGGCAGUGGCAUGCCCCUGGGCAAGGAGGGUCCGUUCGUACACAUCGCCAGUUUGUGUGCUGCUCUCCUCAGCAAGUUCAUGUCUCUGUUUGGAGGAAUUUAUGAGGAGCCUGGUCUUGUAGGGAUUAAGAAUGAAUCAAGGAACAUUGAGAUGCUGGCGGCAGCCUGUGCUGUAGGAGUGGGCUGCUGUUUUGCUGCCCCCAUAGGAGGAGUGUUGUUCAGUAUUGAAGUAACGUCCACAUUCUUCGCGGUGAGGAACUACUGGAGAGGUUUCUUUGCUGCUACCUUCAGUGCCUUCAUCUUCAGAGUACUGGCUGUUUGGAACAGAGACGAAGAGACCAUCACAGCCCUGUUUAAGACCCGUUUCCGACUGGACUUUCCCUUUGACCUCCAGGAGCUUCCGGCCUUCGCCGUCAUCGGUAUCGCCAGUGGCUUUGGAGGGGCUUUGUUUGUGUACCUGAACCGACUUAUUGUCCAGUUCAUCCGUAAACAGAAGGCCAUCAACAGAUUCCUCAUGAAAAAACGACUACUGUAUCCAGCACUGGUCACUUUGCUUGUGUCCACACUCACCUUUCCGCCCGGCUUUGGGCAGUUUAUGGCUGGAAAGCUCACGCAGAAGGAGUCUCUGGUGACUCUACUGGACAACCGGACGUGGGCCAAACAGGGCAUUGCCGAGGAGUUUGACUACAUCGGACACUCCCAAGCCUGGAAACACCCGCAGGUCAACGUCUUCGUCACCCUGGUCCUCUUCAUCGUCAUGAAGUUCUGGAUGUCUGCGCUGGCCACCACCAUCCCAGUGCCCUGCGGAGCCUUCAUGCCAGUAUUUGUCAUUGGGGCAGCUUUUGGUCGUCUGGUUGGAGAGAGCAUGGCGGCCUGGUUCCCAGAUGGCAUUAACACAGAUGGCACCAUCUACCCCAUAGUGCCCGGAGGCUACGCUGUCGUGGGUGCGGCAGCCUUGUCGGGAGCAGUCACCCACACCGUGUCCACCGCUGUCAUCGUGUUCGAGCUGACUGGCCAGAUCUCCCACAUCCUGCCGGUGAUGAUAGCGGUGAUCUUGGCCAACGCCGUGGCGCAGUCCCUGCAGCCCUCCCUCUACGACUCCAUCAUCAGGAUCAAGAAGCUGCCCUACCUUCCCGAGCUGGGCUGGGGACACCACGAGAAGUACAACAUUCGUGUGGAGGACAUAAUGAUACGAGACGUGCGGUACAUCACCCUCAACUGCUGCUACCGGGACCUGCACAACGUCUUGUUGACGGGCCACCUCAAGACCCUGGCGCUGGUGGAAUCAGCUGAGUCCAUGAUCCUGCUGGGCUCCAUUGAGCGUGCCCAGCUCCAGGCGCUGCUCUCCCUGCAGCUUGGUCGGCACAGACGGUUGGAGUACAUCAGGGAGCGUGCUGUCGAGGAGAAGAAACGCCUAUCGGUCAUUUCAAACCCCUGCAGCGAGGAAGAGAGCCAGCGGGCCAGUCAGGAGGUCCGCUUCCAGAUCUCUACUGAGGAAUCUUCCUUCAGUCCUACUCGACCAGUACCUCAGAAGCCCCUGAAACCUGCUCUGAAGAGAGCCUCUGUGGUUGAGCGACCCACUGAGAUCCCCUCCAAUUCACCUGAUAAUUCGGGCAUUGCAUUAAAGAACCUGUUCUGUGCCAGUCCAGAAACCGAGAGCCCGGAGAAAAACAACAACUCGGAGAGCCCCUCAUCUCCUGAGCUCAGGAAGCCGUCCAAACGAGUCAGGAUAUCCGUGGUGGAGCCACCGCCCAGCUUAAAGAAUUUCUCUGUGGACGAUGGCGAUAUGGAGGACGACAUGACCAUCAGAGAGAUUACAGAAUGGGAGGAGAAGCAGCUUGAUGAGCAGGUCAACUUCAACAACUGCAAGAUCGACCCUGCGCCGUUCCAGCUGGUGGAGCGCACGUCACUGCAUAAGACCCACACCAUCUUCUCCCUGCUGGGCCUCGACCACGCCUACGUCACCAGCAUCGGACGCCUCAUCGGGGUGGUUUCCCUCAAAGAACUGCGCAAGGCCAUCGAGGGCUCUGUGACGGUGAAGGGCGUGAAGGUGCGUCCUCCUCUGGCCAGCUUCCGGGACAGUGGCACGAGCAGCAGUGAGAACGAGGCCACCGAGCUCCACAAGCUGUGGGACCGCCACAAGAGCAUGUCGCUGCCCCGCGUGAACACGCCCUCCGAGUCCGACGAGAAAUCCCAGUGAGGGGAAAACCGAGGAGGAGGAGGAGGAGGAAGAAGAGCAGGUGGAGGAAGAGGAGGAGGAGGAGGAGUGAGGCAUUAAGGUCUUUAAUCCCCCAAAGCCUCAAACAUGCAAAAAAAAAAAAAAUCCUCAGGUCUUAAGAUCAAUAUUUAAUUCUGGAAAGAGUUCUACUGCUACACCAGCCUCCUCAACUCGUCUCCUCCUCUCCCUCUCUCCCUCUUCACGGACCACACACUACUUACUCCUGGAGCCUUGCACUGACCAAGCCAGACGCUCCACAGGAAGGGGGGGGGGGGGGGGGCGACACCUCCACCUCCACCUGUGCCCUGUAUCCAGUUUCCCCUUGGGAACCUACAGCCGAUCGAAUGUGGAUGACGGAGGGGGGGCCAAGACGUAUGUUGGUGGAAUCCGACAAGGGACUGGGAAUGGGCUCAAAUCUUUAAAAAAGGGAUUUUUUUUUUUUAAUGUUAGUGUAUCGUUAGAGGUUGAGAUCAAAGAGUGGAGCUGCAAGUGAUCUUCCGAAUGAGUCUUCCACUUGAGCAGAGAAAUUCGGCCAUGACGACGAGGAAGAAACGUGUUUGUGUCGACUGAGUGUGAUUGUGUGAACUGAGAGAAUGUGUGCGUACAUUACCAAGGAGGUAGCAAACGACUAUUUCUGAUGCGACUCUGUUAUCGCCUUUAGAACACAUUGAAGUCUGCUUGAAUAAUUUAAUUCCUGCUCUGGGUUUUAACGUCUGUGUGAAAUCACCCUGCAGUUUGACCCACUGUGAAGCAUUGGACUCGUAUGGGGGCAGAUGCCUUAGUUUUUCUGUAUUUUCCCAGUUUCCAUUUGUCCCGUUUCCCUCGUCUCCUCGGUCCUAAUGGUCCGGCUGUGAACACAAUGUGAGGGCAGACGUGACUGUUGGCGGUGGCGGAAGGACCUGCAGCCUUUUUCAUACUGCGCACGCUGCUCUCAUGCUCUAGCUACGGCCUUGUGUAACACGGACACGUGGAAACGCACACAAACAUCACUGUGGCGACACGCGCUCCGAGUGGAGGUUUCUGCUUAUCUAUAUAUAGCUCUUAAUAACCGUUCCAGAGAGCGUUGGGGGCGGUUGGAGAGAGCAGGAAGCGAGCGAGGGAGGGAGGAAGAGUGGGGAGCAAAUGGAUGGCUGAGAGAAUGAAGACAUCAUUGCCUAACCAGUUGCUCCGGGCCCCGCUCAUCAAUCUGCCUUUGAUCGCCGCCUCCUUCAGAGACGCGCCCCUUCCCCAGCAACGGCCCGGCGCCGCAGUCGACUCCGGCCUCGCCGUGAGCGCCACGAGCCGACGACACGCGAGCAGAGUCCGAUUGAUUAAUGCCGAGGGACAGUAAAGGAAAUCCAUAAGUGACCAAUAGCUAGUACUCAGAAAUGGAGUUCUAACCUUCUAAUUGCUUCAGUAAACUUGGGCUGCAACUAACGAUUAUGUUCACUAUUGAUUAAUCUGUCGAUUAUUUUCACUAACUAUUAGUCGAUUAGUUGUUUGGUCCAUAAAAUGGUGAAAAAAUGUCAAUCGGUUUUCCCAUACCCCAAGAUGAUGUUUUGUUUUGUCCACACACAAAAGAAAUUCAGUUUACUGUCAUAGAGGAGCAAAGAACAUAUGCACAUUUAAGAAGCCGUAAUCUGAGAGUUUUGACCCUUUUCCCCAUAAAAAUCUACUCAAAAAAGUUGGCGAUUAAUUUAGUAAUCGAUUACUAAUCGAUUAAGUGUUGCAGCUCUGCAGUAAACUAGCACUCCAGCGAACUCGCCGAGCGUGGAUGACGCUAUUCAUUUCCCGAUGGCAGCAUGGUUUCUGAUUCAGGAAGCAGUCCCACAUGACAGAUGAGUACUGUGUAUUUAAAAAUUCAUGUCGGCCAUAGUGCAGAAAAAAUCCCUGAUUUGUUUCCCCCGUCCUCCGUCCCGGGUCUCGGCAAAUUGACCUCCCAAAUACUGUUUGUCUUUUUAAACACGCUCCUUUUUUCUUUUCUUUUUUUAUUUAAUUCAACGUUUGUUUUUUGGACCAGGCGAGGACGCCCUCUACGUGCCGCAGACUUAGUUCUUCCGUCCGUCAGCCUUAAACACUCCCCUCACGACCAGCUCCACUGGCGUUUUUCAGCGUGCGAGGCAUUGCAUGUUUGUUUUUUCCUUUCGGUGGCGUCCUGUCCUGCUCCGCGCCAGUGAACGUAAAACACACUCAGUAGGAUCGCAUGGCUCUGCAUGAGAGAGUGCAUGUGGAUUUGUUCAAUGUGAUUUCAAAUGUACCAAAAACAUAAGCUUGACAGGACUGAAUACUGGACGAACGGAUGAAGUUGUCAUACGUCUGCCAUCUUGUGCCUGUAUGUUGUCAUGCAUCUCAACACUGUCUUAUUUUAUACUUAAAGCGUCCAAUUAUUUUUGCUCUGAUUGGCAUCUUCCUCUCAACCAAUGAGCUUUAUGAAUUAAAAUGGGGACGGGGUUUUGGGGGGAUUAGCAAAGUGAUACUUACAGAUUAAUAUAUUUAACAUCAUUCCUGUAAUAUAAAAUCAUAAUUUAAUGUCUUAAUCAAUCUCAAAUUGUUGACUCUUUUCUUUUUCUGAAAAAAGAUUUUGGGGCUUGUUAUACGAUGUUUUGUUGUGUAUUUCGUUUCACAUUUGAUCAUUUUUAAUGUUGAUUUUAAUGCUGUAAUAUUUGUUGUUGGAUUGUAUUAUGUUUUUCGUUGCUUGACAUGCUGUCUGAAACAUUUCUGCUAGGACACGUCUUUGUAAAGUGCAAAUAACACUAACAGGGUGAAGGCUCACGUUGGCCGUCUGAUGGGGAAAAGCAAAAAGAAAAGUAAUUGUGAAGUCGGGGGGGGGGGUUGAAUGUUAGCGAGGUUCAUUCCACAAGUGCCUGCACCGGCUCCUCUUCAUCAUCAGCAGGAAUGAGUGUCCACACACACGCCCGUACAGGCCUGGAAGCAGGGGGACUGAUAUGUCAGCGCAACGUGCAAUUCUCACCAUGGCAACCUGUUGUCAUUGUCUCAUGCUCGUCGCCCCCCCCCCCUUUUCACACUGACCGAGAUCCACUCACCUGAUUGGGUUCUGUUCAUUUGUUUGUGCUUCUCAUCGAUUUUCCUUGUGCAGCCUUCCCCAUCCCCCCCUGCAGACUUUACAGAAUCGUCCCAUUUCAUUGGCUCCCUGACAGAUGUAGACUGAGGCAGAUACAUAUUUAUUAGUCUGUAUUAAUCCCUAGGAGGAGGUUUUUGUUUUUAACGCUUUGUAUCGAAGAUCUACUUGUUGUUAAUCAAUUUGUGCAAUAACGGCCAUUCAUCUCACUUUGUAACCCAGUUUUGAUCGAUGAUGUGAAUGCGAGAUAACCUUAUUUUUAUAAAGAAACCCGAAAAGUGUAAAAAAGAUGAUGUACAGUAUACAAGGACUACCGACGCUCACGCGGGAGCUUGAGUGUGAUAAAGUGACGCUUGCGAUCAGAGGAAAGGUUUCCCACAAGCCUCAGUAAAAAAAAAAAAAAAAAAAAGCCAUAAUCUCACGAGUCGGCAUUAAAGUAUUCAGGAUGCCGUUUGCUCCUUUAGGUGCCGAGUUCGAGUAGAAAAAUAUGGCUUUGACUCCUCAGUUUGGCUUUUGGGAAACCUUCUCCGUGAGGCUCUCUGGUGAGUCGUGCUGCGUGGACUGCAGCUGGCGCUCGAGUACAAGAACCCCUGGAGCACUGAUGCCGAGUCGAGUCUUAUCAUGCUCCCCUCUGUCCUCGGCUCCAGCCUGUGGGACUUGGAUAAGACCCCAUCCUCACAUCAGCUGCCGAGGGUUAUCCGCUCCCUGGGGCUCUUAUAGGGACUGUACACUGGUACUUACUGGAGGCCUCCAGAGGGCCAAAGUAGACAGAGCUGAACAAAAUCAAGAGGUAUUUUUCACACGGAAAAAAAAAUGAAACAUUGUUUUGUAUAUCAGGGAUGAAUAAAUACGAUUUUAACAAA